AUGGAAUUUUCAAAACAAAGUCCUAACAACGAGGAAAAGUUGAAUUCAUAUAUUAUAAAGCCACAAUUUGAUCAGAAAUUCCGCCCCUGGGCAGUAAGAAACAUCAUUUCUCAGUUACUAAAGGAACGGCUGGAAAGGGAAGUAUACUCUCCUGAGAACACUCAUGAAAAGUGCAUUUCCCUGGCUGAUGAAAUCAAACGCUUAUUAAAGAAAAGUCUAUCUUUGCGACGUUAUAGAUACUUGGUUCAAGUCAUCAUUGGCGAAAAGAAAGGUCAAGGAGUGAAAAUGGCACGCCGCUGCUAUUGGGACUCUGAUACUGAUAACUGUGCAGAUGCUUCAUUUGAACAGAAUCCCUGGAAGCAGGGAGACAAGAGGAUCGAACAUUAAACAAUGGGAACAGGAUGCAAUUUGUAUGAACAUGCAAGAACAACGAAGUCUGAGUCAUUAUGAGACAAUUGAUGAACAUUUGCAACUUACGUAUUUACUAUUUGACUGUUAGAUUUUAUUAACAAGUCCUAUGAUUUCAUGUUAAAUACAUUCGAUUGUUC